UGAUCGGUGCAGGCCUCCCGCUCCUCCCCCGGAAGCGGGAAAACGUUCAUCCGCUCAGAGCAACGGCGAGGGUUGGCCGUUGGAGGAGGGGGGGAAACAUCGUCACUUCAAGGUGAAGAAAACCUGCAUUGUAACCCAACUUCUGCAUCCUAUGACUGCUUCCAUUUUAUACAAUUGCUUACUGUCAUUAACAAGAGCACAAGCACUUUCUUGGAGACAAUGGAAUUCAACCAGUUCAGCAAAGCCAUUUUUGGAUGUCAAACAUGCACCUUUAUUAGUGCCUUUUGCUGGGAAAAAGAGCUUUCUAGACUUGCCUGAUAUAGUAGAAGAUGAAUUAGAGGAACAGUUUGUCAGAGGACGUGGUCCUGGGGGCCAAGCAACUAAUAAAACCAGUAACUGUGUAGUGCUGAAGCAUGUUCCAACUGGAAUUGUAGUGAAGUGCCAUCAAACCAGAUCAGUAGAUCAGAACAGAAAAAUAGCCAGAACAAUUUUACAAGAAAAGCUUGAUGUACAUUACAAAGGUGUAAACAGUGAAAUUAUGAAGCAAAAACAAGUACAGCAAUGGAAAAAACAAGAAAAGAAAAGCAAAGCAAAAGAUAAUUUAGAAAGAAAAAGACAAUUUAAAAACCUUUUAGAAACUGCAGAUCCGACUGAAAUGAAAAAGUAAUUUGAUUUGUUGCAUGACUUCUGUUCCAUUUAACCAGCAGAGUUAGAUUGUACAAUUAAGAGACUGGUCUUUAUCUUAACUUGUGUAAUAAAUUAAAAUGCAAUAAAUAUCUAAAACACUGA